GUUAUAACUGUACAUACAACUUUGUAUGUGCUGAAAUUAUUUCCUAUUAAUUAACUUUAAUUCUUGUGUCAAUAGCUAUUUUAUUUGAGGUUCUUUUUUUGCAGUCUGCUAAAUUAGUUAUUGAUAAGUUUGAUUGGAAGGCUAAUGAAGAAUUUUGCACUGUGAAUAUAUCGACUCAGCGAGAAGCGGAUGGAAAUUUGGUGUUUAAUUAUUCAAUGUCACAAUGCUGUGAUUUUGAAAAGCAAUUUUUCUACCUAACUCUACGUUCAAAGAAGACUAAGGACGACGAUUCAUUUAGCAAUCUACUAUUUCGAACAACGAUUGAUGUUUGUAAAGUCAUAAAAGGUGCAAUGAGCAACUUUAUUGUAAAGAUUAUUAUGGAAGGCGUUCGGAAAAGUACUGAUUUUGCGUUGGAGUGUCCUUUUAAAAAGAACACUUACAAGUUUGUCAACUUUAAAGCUGAUCUUAGCAUGAUGCCUCCAAUUUUUCAUGGAGAACAUGGUCUGUUGAUAAUCGGAAAACUGAUGGUCAAAGUAACUGGCAAUAAACAAAUUGGACAUGCUCUUACUUUGAAUAUUUAUUUCAAAAAUAUUUGAAUUUUCAAGCAAGCUUCUUGGGUAAAUAAUUUAUAGGUUAUGGCAAAUAUGAAAUGAAAAGCUUCGCUAUUAAUUUAAUAAAGUUAUUAUUUACAAGAUUUACUAACUCUAUAAAAAUAAAAUAAAACAACUUUAUAGCUUAGCUUAAGUUAUUAUAAAGUUGACCUUAGUGCAGAUAAAAUU